ACAUCGUCGAAACACAUUACAUUCGAAAUUUGAAAAAGUUCAAAGUGCGAACUUUUUCGAGUUUACUGUGCUUUCUUUUUUAUUAAAAAGGAACGAAAUAAUGAUGUUGCGGUGGAGCGCUGUGGCGCUGUGUGCGCUGCUGGCAUGCGCAAACGCAGCCGACUCCUCUUCCAGGCUGCAACCACGCAGGUCUAGGUCUAGGAAUGCUGAUCUCCAGCCACAACAACAAGCCGAGGUCGAUGAGAUGGUCUCCAACCUGCUUCAGUGGAUACAGGGCUUAUACCAACAGAAAAAUAGGAAAGCACGUCAGUACUUCACUGGAAAGCCGGAAAGGCCAAGGCCAUUUGAACCAGCGAGUUAUCUGCCUCCGCACACGGGCUACCCCUCUACUGGUACUCGACCAACUCCAACGUUUACUGAAGGACAAGGUUCACCGCAACCUAUCCCUACGCAGCCACCCUACAACCCACCGCCAAGCCAGUCCCCGUACCAACCAUCGCAAACUCCUACUCAACCACCUUACCAGCCAUCUCAACCUGAGCAACCUACUUACCAACCGGAACAGCCUACUGGUUACCCGAGCUAUCAACCCAGUCAACCAACUCAACCUCCUUACUCUCCAAGCCAACCUGCUUACCAGCCUACUCAGCCUACCCAGGCUCCUUAUUCACCAAGCCAGCCAUCUUAUCAACCUAGCCAACCUACUUAUCAACCGAGUCAGCCAACUUACCAACCGAGUCAGCCAACUUACCAACCUCCCUCACCAACUUACCAACCACCCCAGCCAAGUUACCAACCUAGUCAACCCACCUCUCCGCCAUAUCAGCCUAGUCAGCAGCCGACUUACCAGUCUGAAACCGAACAGACUCAAAGUGGAAUUGUAGCUGGAACUGACACUCAAACCAGCGUUGGAAGCUCCCAGGAAACUACGACAGCUGGUGAUGACGAGGACCGCCACCCUCCUCACAUCCACGCUAUCACCGUCGACUGCGGUAAAGAUAUGAUGACAAUCAACAUCGAGUUCAACAAAGCUUAUAACGGCAUAAUCUAUUCCCAAGAUCAUUUCAAUGAACCAGAAUGCGUAUACGUUAGAGAGAACUCUAACCAAGUCAAAUUCUCAUUCACAGUCAGUCUAAACACUUGUGGCACUAGAUUCUACAGUGAUUUCGAAAACGAAGGCCAAGCUUAUUUAGAGAAUGUUCUGGUUCUGCAAAAUGAGCCUGGAAUCCAAGAAGUUUGGGACCACAUCAGAAGGGUCAGAUGUUUGUGGGAAGGUAACCUGACCAAGCAGCUGGUUUCGUCGCUCAGUGUUGGUAUGCUGAACCAGAUCACAAGCAACUUUAGCGGAGAUACUGCUAUGGCGCGUCUUGAUAUCCAAACGGGUCGUGGUCCAUUCGCUCCGGAGGCAAACGGCUUAGUCAAGAUUGGUGAAACUAUGACCUUGGUUGUAUCCGUCACUGGAGAUCCAGGCUUCGACAUUUUAGUACGAGAAUGCGUCGCUAGAGAUUCAGAAAUGCGUCAUGUAGUUCCUCUAACUGACAGCAACGGCUGCGUACUCAAGCCUAAACUCUUCGGCUCCUUCCAGAAGACCAGGGAAACGGGUAAUACGGGAGCGUCCAUCAUAGCUUAUGCGUUCUUUAACGCUUUUAAAUUCCCUGAUGAGAUGGAUUUGAUCAUUCAGUGCGACGUGGAGUUGUGCAAGACGGAUUGCGAUGUUUGUCCCGAGCCGGGAAGUAUUGAGCCAAGAAGGAAGAGAAGAGACGUCAUUCACUUUGGAAACAGGACUUCGCCUCAAUCUACGACUGUUGGAAAAGGCUUGAGAGUGGUCUUUGCCGAAGAUCUACCUCCUGAGCCUUCUGGCUUCUGCGUAUCCCCCGCGGCAGCCCUUUGGGGCGGUGUUCUGGUCCUCCUAGGGUCUUUGAUGAGCAGUGUCAUAGUGUCAUAUUGUUGGCAAAAGUCUCGCGGAUCUAUGAAGUUCACAUAAGAAUGUAAUGUGUUGAUCUUGAGCGUGUGAGAGAUGAUUGUAUGGAAGCCACCAUCGAAAAUAAUUUGAAUGAAGUCAUGGAGUUAUUGAAUCUGUUUUUAUAUCAAACGUUUUUAAAGUAUUUUCACUGGAAAAGUUAAUAAAUCUAUUUUCUCGCCUUAGAAAUGCAGUACAGGGCCCUUUCCAAAUGUUCGAGGCGCUUUAAGUAUUCUAGACAAUAUUUUUUUAACUCACAUAAAUUCACAAAUGUAUUAUUUUCUUAUCAUAUUAUUUAUCCAACAUGCUGGAUU